AUGGCUCGAACCAAGGAAGAAGAGACCGAAUGGCAGAGUCACCGCGACGAGCUUAGGGCCUUGUGGCUGGAUCAGCGAUGGACUUUAGAGCAGAUCCAAGAGCAUAUGGCCCGGAGGCACAGUUUCCGCAAAAGCGCACCUCAGUACACCCGGCAGUUCAAGAAGUGGGGGUUCAAAAAGAAUUUAACAGAUGAAGACUGGAAAUUUGUUGCGCAUCGUCGCGAAAAGCGAAAGCGAGACGGAAAGGACCCGGGCUACGUCAGGGUGCACGGCAACCUCAUCCCUGAACCAAAGGUGAGAAAGGAAACAGCGCGUCAUGCUUCAUUAUUGUCGCAGUGUUUGUGGAUGGGAGACUCUGGUGCGUACCUGUAUAUGACUCCUUUCGCUAUCCUGCCUUCCCUCUCACCUCGUCGAUAUGCUCACUUGUUCAUCAUCUCAGACCCCAAGACCCCUGACGGGGUUGUCGUGGGUACGCCCCGAUUAGACAUAGACGGUACUGUGUCCGACAAAUCCGCGGGCGUCCUUGCGAUGGACUGGUACCAGGGCCUGAGGGUGGAUGAUAUCAAUGUUGAAACUUCAACAAUGUUCCAAUUCGCGCAUUGGGACCCUUUCGCCUUCCCCCUUGAGCUCCCCGAGCUGAGUUGUUUACAGUUUUCUUUCCGAGGGACUGAGGAACCCACCGCAACUCCUUCCCAUCUCGGGAAUGCUACCUUGGACCAUCGUCUGCCUGUAACGUCUGCUAGGACACCAACAUCUACAAAUAUAAGCCCACAUAUCCAGUACGACAUUGAUUCCAUCAGCAAGGCCAUUGAUGAAGACACCCGCUGGACACUCUUACGGCAGACCUAUCUGUCUGGAGAUCCUGAUCCCGACGAUCUAAUUUCAGUACUAGAGCCCAUCACCAUAGGGGAUGUCAACCGCGACUUGACAAGAGGAGUCGAGGCUAUAAUUCGAUCGCCCUCCCCGGAGAAUUUGUCUCACUAUCUCAGUCUCUGCGUCUACCUGUCAUCCAAUAACACGAUGAGCCAGUUGUCAACGUACAGUCUGGUAUCUCUUAUCAAGAAAAGCGGCUCUCAGUCAAGACUUAAAGCCCUCUUGAAAUCAACAACCCCGACAACCGAGAUAUUCAUGAGCAACCUAUUAGCUGGUGCGGCGACCGUGGGAGACAUUGAGAUCUGUCGAAUCCUUAUCGAGGCUGGAGCGGACCUAGAUGCACUUAGUGGGCCGACAGGCAUGCGAAGCACAGCUCUUUACCGAGCAUCCAAGAACAAUAACACGGAGUGUGCGAGGAUGCUGCUGGAAGCCGGUGCAGACCCCAAUCUGGCAGUGGAGGGCGAGACACCACUACACACUGCAUGCUUAAGUUCCAAAGCACUUGAUAUUGUGGACCUUUUGCUCCGGUUUGGAGCUCAUGGUAAUCCGCCACAAGACUGUGCCCGACUCACGCCUCUGCAACUUGCUGUCCAGAAGCGGGAGCCCGACUUGGUGCAACUCCUUCUUGAUAACAAAGCGAACCCGAACUCAUUUACAACCUCCAGGAGUGGUACACCUCUGCAAAUGGCAUGCGGUAACUCUGCCGAUGCCAAAAUAGUCGAGCUUUUAAUCGGUGCAGGCGCGGACAUUGAUUGUCGCUCAGGUUACCGUUGCGACAAGCGAUAUUGCGAUUACCUUGGGGACAGCGAUGUAGACACCGAUGCAGUCUCUGAAUCAAAAGAAGAGCCAGACGAAGGCUGCCUUGUGGGUUGUACUGGCCUUCCUGAUUCCUUCAAGCCAGCCAUCCUUAUAGCAGCGGAAAACGAGAAUUGGGAGGUAGUCCAGCUUCUGUUGGAAGAAGGUGCCGCUGUCAACCCCAGCUUGAGAGAAUGCCCGCCUAGACACCUAGAUCACGAACUUGACAAACACGGCUGGGGUCCUGACAAUAUUCCGGCCGUGUUUACACCGUUGCAAGCAGUUGUCCGGAAAGAGAAUAUUACCAUGACUCGCAUGCUUUUGAGCGCUGGAGCUCAUAGCGACGCGAGGCCGGAAGGAAAGUAUGGCCACACCGCGCUCCAGAUAUCUGCCAUGGUCGGGAAUGAAAGAAUUACCGAAAUUCUCCUGCGGGAGGGAGCGGAUGUCAAUGCCCCAGCGGGUGUCUAUCGUGGAAGGACGGCACUUCAGGCCGCUUCUAUACAUUCGGAUACGACGGUGUUGAGCAUCUUGCAUAGACAAGGGGCAGAUGUAAAUGCUCCGCCGGCCUUACGCAAAGGCAAAACUGCCCUGCAGAUAGCAGUCGCCGCGGGUAACACCGAAGGGGUCAGGAUUCUUCUUGAUGCAGAUGCAGCUGUCAAUACCGACCCAAUUCAGACUGGAGGGGUCACAGCGCUCCAUGAAGCUAUCCAAAUCAGAGACUCGGCGAUAAGGAAUGAAAUAGUUGACCUACUGCUGCGCGCAGGCGCGAAUCAUGAGGGUCGCAGAGACCAGAAGGAGUCUGCGCCUCUUCAUGCCGCAGUCCGACAAGGAGACCUGGAAACGACGAGGAAGCUCCUGGAAAAGGGUGCAAACGCAAAUGUAGGAUUUUGCGCGCAGACAAGACGAACCCCUCUGCAGCAAGCUUCUUCCCUAGGCAAUGAAGGUCUGGCCCAGAUAUUGAUAGACUUCGGGGCAGGCAUCAACGACCCCCCUUGCUGGUCUGGAGGGCGUACAGCCUUGCAGGCAGCAGUUGAAAACGGCCAUGUGUCUAUGGUGAAAGUGCUAUUGAAGCAUGGCGCGAAGAUCAAGUCAGACAGAGCUAGAUUUGACGGGAUCUCGGUGAUGGAAGCCGCCGCCAAGAGAUGCAAUCAAGAGCUACUCCACCUUUUCCUCGAUAAAGAACCUGACAUCAUAUUAUCUGACCCCAUCGCGAAGAGCCAAGUUAUAGGGCUAGCUCUGGGCUGCUGGAAAUGCGACGUGCCUUUGCUGGAGCUGCUGCUCAAGGGAGGAGCAGCCGUUAACAAUGAUCGGGACCCUCAGUCGAAGAAGCCAUUUCUUCAAAUUGCAGCAGAGACACACAACUUUAGAGUGGUGCAGUGUCUGCUUUCUGCAGGGGCCAACGUAAACCAACGCUGGGAAACCAGCUCUGAUGGCAGCGUCACGGCCCUUCAGGCCGCCGUUUAUACGCGCAAUAUCGACGUCGUCCAGUUACUGCUCAAAAGGGGUGCCAACGUCAAUGCACCGGCAAACAGAAAUGGAGGGAUGACUGCGCUGCAAGCAGCAGUGGCACAGAACCAUCGAGUUAUGACGGAGCUCCUGGUGCAUCAUGGGGCUGAUGUCAAUGGCUUGCCCAGUCCAGCCCGAGGCCGGACAGCUCUCCAAAUGGCUGCAAGGUGGGGCUACGUGCAGCUCUCUGAGUAUCUAUUGGCUCAGGGAGCUGAUGUCAAUGCUCCAGCAGCACAUUUGGGUGGUAUCACAGCCUUGCAAGGGGCCGCGAUACACGGCAACGUUCGCAUUGCGAUGAUGCUGCUUCUGGCCGGGGCAGAUGUCAAUGGGGCACCUGCCAUUGAACAGGGAUUAAACGCCAUUGAAGCCGCUGCGGAGAAUGGCAGGCUUGACUUUCUACAUUUCCUGUUUAACUAUCAACCGGAUAUCGAAGAGUUUGAGAUCAAGAGAAAAAGAGCGGCGAAACUGGCACUGGCAAAUGGUCACCUGGCCAUUGGGAGAUUUCUGCUGGCAUAUCGUAAACAUCCUUGA